AUGACCAAGGAUGAAAUCACAAAAAACAUCGCGAAUCGUUUUGUCCACUCCCAGACAUACAUCAUCCUAUACCUCGCCAUGGCGGCGCUCUCGAUUACAACAGUCGUCCUGAGUUUGGUCAACGAGUGUCCCACGCUGCCCUUCUACAUCCUGGAAUUCAUCAUCAAUGCCGCAAUGAUUCUUGAGGUUGGGAUCCGAUUCGUGGCAUUCGGCCGGCAAUUCUGGAAGUCCCUCUGGAAUGUCAUGGACUUGGUCAUGACCGCGUUCUGCGUCAUCACCCUUCUCGUCAUAUUCUUCUCCGGAUGCGGCAAUACAAGCAAAGAAGAAGAACUCAUCGAUACUUUGCUUCUCGUCGCCCGGAAUGUGCUUCAGUUCGGCCGUCUCGCCACGGUUAUGCGGCAAUCUGGCCAAUCAAUAUUCACGCGCCCCAAACCAAUCGACCUCUCUGCCCCUCGGAGAGGUGGGUUCACUAUGGACAUCGACAUGGAGGACGAGGAGGAUGCGGGCGAGCUUGCACGACCAUUAAUACGGAGCGAUGUCGUCUUCGAUGCUGGCGAGGAGCACCCGCAACGCGCGCCGAUGUCGGACAUGCCGCGAGCAGUGCAGGCGGCCCAGGAGCGCGACGAAGAAGAUGUGUGGGCGUCACUGGGCUGA